UUGUUGUACUUGCAAACGUUAAAGGAUACACUAUAUGUAAGAUUAUGUAAAUGCAAAUAUAUUGGGAACAGUUUAAAUGUUGUAUUAAUGUUCCGGAAAACGUACACAGCCAGUUUGAGCUACUACGGGGGACUUUACAAAAAAUUAUCAAGAUCGCUGAGACGGUUCAAUCUUCAUCCUGACGAUGAAAACUUAAAAACACCUCUGUUCAAAGACGAACUAUUAGAAGAGUUUGAAAUGAAGUCAUACGGUGGUGUAGAAUUGAUUCCUGCGUCCAUACCUGGAAACGGUCAUUCACAAACACUUGGUCAACGCCUCGAGCGCCGAUGUCAACUAAUCAAAAUGAGACGAAUUGUUAUUGACGUUGUAUGUGGGCUCGCCUUGCUCGGAAUCGUGCUGAUGGUGAUUGAAACUGAGUUCUAUGUCUUCCAGACGGAUAAAUCAGGCACAGUUUCAUUUGCAAUCAAAAUCGGUAUAAGCGUCUCUACGUUGGUCCUUUUGGUAGGGAUUUGUUAUCACUAUUAUAUCGACCUAAAGAUCAAAGCUCUUGAUUCGGGAGUCAGAGAUUGGAAUCAUGUAGUAACAAACACAGCUGUUUUCUGUUUGCUUGGUGAGAUAUUGGUCUGCUCCGUGCACCCGUUCCCAGGCGAUUUGGAUAUAAAAUAUACUUCCCCUAUUGGACACAAUAAAGUGAGUAUUGACGCCAUCUUGUCAAUUUUUAUGAUGUGUCGACUGUACCUAAUCGCAAAACUGGCGGUCGUUCACAGUCGCCUCUUAACGGACACAUCUAUCAACAGCAUUGGCGCCUUAAGUAAAAUCAAGAUCAACACACUGUUCGUUUUCAAAGCGGUAAUGACUGACACGCCCGCGCAACUGCUAGUCGCCGUCAUGCUAACGACGUUUGUGGUAAAUACGUGGGCCAUGAGGACUUGCGAAAGCUACUACCUCGGCACGGCUGACUCCUAUAUUGAGGUAAUGUGGCUUAUUGCUACCACUUUUCUGACUGUAGGAUACGGCGAUAAAAUCCCUCAGAGCUAUUGCGGUCGGUAUAUAUCAAUAUGCACUGCUUUAAUGGGUGUUGUGACAUUGGCCCUUAUGGUGGCCGUUUUGGCACAAAAAUUGGAGCAAACACGGUCGGAGAAGUAUGUCUUCAACAUGAUGUCGAGAAUUCAAGUAGAGAAGCGUCGUAAAACGGCAGCAGCUAACGUUAUCAAAGCAUUGAUUCAUUUAUGGAUGGUGAGAAAAUACUCAUCCGGCGAUAAAUCACUUGCGAGAAGAUAUUCGGACCAAUUAAAAACGGCCUUACGGCAGUUGAGAAUAGCGAAACGUGAGAAGGCGCAUAUUGAUGACUUCAAUGUUGGUAUUAUAGAGGUGUCUGAAACAGUUAAUCGAAUCCACGACCGAGUAGAUAAAUUUGAAUUUAUGUACGAGAGGUCGAAUUCUGACAGGAAUGCAAUUGAAAGCAGACUGGCUAGCGUGGAAAGUAAAUUGGAUGAAAUUCGAACACUCCUAUCAAUUGCAAGAUAAUUUUCAACGCUUAAAUGGCGCUUGUUCUCAUAUGUUCAUAUUUUGUAAAUAAUAUACAAUGUUUUACUAACACAAUUAUGAUACUUGGAUUAGAUUUAAAGAACGGGAAAACCCUUUUUAAAAAAUGCCUUCGCCGGGAUCUCGAACCUAAGCCCUUUCGGAGCAAAAGCUUUCACGCAACCACUUUACUGAUAUACGCGUAAUAAAAACGAUAUGCUAGUAAUAAAGAGUUACUCCACAUUAGCAAUAAUUGACAAUGCUACUUAUAUCGAUUGAUGAUGUUUAAUAAUGAACCGAUUUGUUCAAAAUUGUCAAAGUCAACAUUGUCAUAUACAAUACAUACUUGUUUUCAUGAUUUAUUUUCAUUUAGUCAAACUGUGAACAUGUAUCUUUAACACACAUUUUGUGUACGACAUUCUAGAGUGUAUUUAGUGAGUGCAUCAUUGCAAACAGUGUUUUAUAGGAACCAUUCCAAAUAUCUUAACCCUUUCAGUGCGGGAACCGAAUUUUAAAGGCCUUUGCAAACAGUUUGGAUUCAGAUGAGACGCCACAAAAAACGUGGCGUCUCAUCAGGAUCCAAACUGUUUGCUAUUCUGAUAGUGUUCUAUGAAAAAAAUCGAAGAAAAUGCUAAUUUUAGAAACUCAGCAGAAGACAUUUUAGCAGACGACAAAUUUCCCAGCAUGCAAAGGGUUAGUAUAUUUAAAUCAGGGUGCAGGAUCACACGAUUUUGAAGGGUUCCCAAUUAAACGGUAAUGGAUGUAAACCUACCGGUAAGUGUUUUUUUUCAAAUAACAUUUUUACACAAUUUUAAUUAAAAAAAAUCACCUAGUUCAUAAAAGACAGAUUUUUCUGCUGCUUAUUGCAAUUUGAAAUACAUCAAAAUUAUUGUAUUUAAUAAGCCUAUGUUCUUGUUCGUAAAAGCCGCGUGUACUGAACGGUAAUGCUUCAUGCAACGCAAAAUUGCGUCACCAAUCUCAGACGUAUUCAAGGAUUGGUUCUUAUUCCUUAAGAUAUCGGCAAAUACUGCAUUAAAAACUGUCUUUUAUGUACUAAAGAUUUUUGCAAAUGUAUUUAAAUAACUUCAGAUAUUUUUCAAAAUAAAGUUCUUAAUGGCGUGUUUACAUUCUGUCCAGCCUGUGUGUAAACCCCUGAAAACUACGUUGAUUCUGCACCCUGAAUCUAAUGUAGUCACUUUUGAUAGUUGAUAUGGUAAUGGUUAUACUUUAAGUAGAAUAUCAAACGUGUGUAUCCACUUUAAAGUAAAUGUUGAAGUGCAUUAUGUUGUGAUAUGCAUCAUGGAUAAUUCGUUAUUGCUUGUUUGUUAUUUCAGGAUAUUUCGCUAAAGAUUGUUAUAUAUUAGUUAGUGAUAGUCAAUUACAUUAUAUUAUAGUAUAUAUUUUAAUAACUGAAUAGCGCAGAAUAUAAGGGGGUUUUCUCCAAUCGCCUGUUGUAUGUUCGAUAGUAGAAUUGAUGUGGUUAUGAAUUAAUAAAAAGUAGUUUUACAUCGUCGGUCUGUUUGUUUAAAUUGUUUUGUUGUAAGUCUAAAUUGUCUGUAGAUUUACAAUAUAUAAUUUAAUUAACUGUUUUCCUAAUAAAAUACUGUACUGUUCAUGCUUUAUAACCAAUAUUGUAUAUUUGUUGUGAGAAUAUAUUUCAUCAGAAGCCUAGCCC